AUGAUGCAAUCAAGACUCUCAGCUGUUUUCUUUCUCUUGUUGGGUUUGUCAUUUUGUCUGACAAUCCCUAUUCCACUUGAAGAUAGCCAUGAAUUCACAGAGGAAGAUCUUCGGUUUGCAGAGCGCUAUCUCAGGACGCACUAUGAUCUCCGUCCUAAUCCUGCUGGCGUAAUGAGAAAGAGUGCCAAUACAGUAGCAUCUAAACUUCGAGAAAUGCAAGCUUUUUUUGGCCUCAAGGUGACUGGAAAAUUAGAUGAAGAAACAUAUGAGCUGAUGCAGCAACCAAGAUGUGGUGUUCCAGAUGUAGGAGAAUAUAACUUUUUCCCUAGAAAACUGAAGUGGUCAAAAAGCAAUUUGACAUACAGAAUUAUGAAUUAUACUCCAGACCUGAGCCGUGCUGAAGUAGAAAGAGCUUUCAAAAAAGCAUUCAAAGUUUGGUCUGAUGUGACACCACUUAACUUUACUAGAAUAAGGAGUGGAACAGCUGAUAUCAUGAUCUCCUUUGGGACUAAAGAACAUGGUGACUUUUACCCCUUUGAUGGACCUUCUGGCUUGCUGGCUCAUGCUUUCCCUCCUGGUCCAGACUAUGGAGGAGAUGCCCAUUUUGAUGAUGAUGAAACUUGGUCAGAUGAUUCUAAAGGGUAUAACUUGUUUCUUGUUGCUGCCCAUGAAUUUGGUCAUUCACUUGGGCUUGAACACUCCAGAGACCCUGGAGCUCUGAUGUUUCCUAUUUAUACAUAUACUGGAAAAACUGGUUUUGUUCUUCCUGAUGAUGAUGUGCAAGGCAUCCAAGAACUCUAUGGUGCUGGAGACAGAGAUCCAAACCCCAAACAUCCAAAAACACCAGAGAAAUGUGAUGCAGAAUUAUCUCUUGAUGCAAUAACAGAACUUCGUGGAGAAAUGCUGAUCUUCAAAGACAGGUUUUUUUGGCGAUUGCACCCUCAGAUGGUUGAUGCAGAAUUGGUGUUACUUAAAUCAUUUUGGCCAGAGCUUCCAAACAAAAUUGAUGCAACUUAUGAAAACCCCAUCAAAGAUCUUGUGUUUAUGUUCAAGGGAAAGAAAGUCUGGGCUUUGAAUGGCUAUGACAUAAUGGAAGGCUUUCCUAAAAAGAUAUAUGAAAUGGGGUUCCCGAAAGAAAUGAAAAGAAUAGAUGCAGCUGUCCAUGUCAAAGAUACUGGCAAGACUCUCUUUUUUACUGGAAAUAAGUUCUGGAGUUAUGAUGAAGAGAAAGAGGUUAUGGAAACAGGCUACCCCAGACUGAUAGAGGAAGAAUUCCCAGGAAUUGGUGACAGAGUGGAUGCAGUGUAUCAGAGAAAUGGUUAUCUCUACUUUUUCAAUGGCUCGUUGCAGUUUGAGUACAGCAUCUGGGGCGAAAGAAUUGUGCGUGUCCUGCAUACUAAUUCCAUAUUUUGGUGCUAAAUACUCGAGGGCCAUGUUAUAGGCUGUGGAGCAGCUUGUAGUACAUGGAAAUAAUGAUAUGGAAAUAGAUGUUUAUUAAAGGGAAGCAAGGUUCUGUGAAUAAGCACUGGCUACCAAACAUCAAAUGUGUACUGUAUAUAUGGAAAUAUAUAGGUGUAUGUCAGUCUGGAACUGAAUUAACUUAAUAGGAACGGAAAAGAUAAAUGAUUAGCAUUUCAAAGGGCAUUGCACCAUUUAAGGUGCAUUGAGCAUUACAG